AUGUGUCGGAUUCGAUGCACUGGCCACACCAUCUACUACUCCGGAGCUCUAUACGAGGCUAUGAAAGCUGGCCACAAUGACACGGUGAUGUCCUUUCUCCAAGGUUUCGAGGUAACAGAGGUGGCCGAUUACGAGGGCGUUACUUUGCUACAUCUAGCCGCGGCUUGCGGCAAUGUUCCAAUAACCAAAUAUCUUAUUAAGGCUGGUUAUGUAAUAGACGUUGUAGAUAAUUGUGGGUGCACUCCUCUUCUGUUCGCCGUGCGCAUGAAUCGCUCCAAGGUCGUUCAGCUCCUCAUCAAUUCCGGGGCUGACGUGAACUUCCAGGACGCUCGAGGUAAGACGCCGAUGCAUCGGGCAGUGAGAAACGGUGAUUAUGAGCAUGUUAUGUUAUUAUUGAGCCACGGGGCUGACAUAAACGUUAAGGACGUGGAGGGUGGUACGGCCGUGCGCAGUAUCAUCCUCUGCUCCAAGCAUCCAGAAAUAUUGAAGCUACUUAUGGCCAACGGUUCCAAUAUCCACGAUGUCGACAAGACCGGGAAAAUGCAAUGCCAAUAUAUCUUCAAGUACGGCAACGAGCAGGCCGUGGAAAUCCUUUUGAAUUACGGUGCGGACAUGUCGGUGCAGGAUUGCUUCGGCGAUACGCCCUUACAUUACGUUGCCUGUAACAACGACAGGGACGUGAUAAAGGUCAUUUACCGAUGUCAGCUGUCGGUAGACGAGAGAAACCUCGCCGGGCAAACGGCGUUACACAAGGCCGCCGAGGUCGGCAAUCUCAAUUGCACCAAGCUCCUGCUGGAGAAGGGCGCCGAUCCAAAUGGUAAGGACCUCAUCGGGAGGACGCCGCUCUACUUCGCCGUGACGAAUAACAAUCGGGCUUGGCUGGAGGUGCGCUCGGAUCUCAUAAGAUAUUUAUUCCAAUGUGGAGCGCGUCUGAGCGAGCCGAUCGCGAAUCGUCACAUCGUCAAGUUCGUGGUCGAGCAGGGCAUUUAUCCCAUAACCUUUACAGUCGUCGAGCACAUCGCUAAACUCGACUCCUUGCAAAUAAGCGUAACGGACAUCGAUCGGAAGGCCAUCGAGACUCACUCGGAGAUCAAGGACUAUUACGAGUGUUGUGUGGAAGAGAUCGAAUCGAUGAAAACGAAAACAGCAUUCGGCAGAAUCACGUAUUACAAUCUCCUGUGCGACAGUGUUGAAAAAAUUUGCGCCUACGCGAGGAACGAGAGCUUUACGAACUGUUACAAGAUGGUCGAGCUGUUGAAACAUUAUCCGAAACAUAGUAGAACGUUGUUCAAUAAGUGCACGAUGGUUUACGAGAGAUUUAAAUUCAUAGAGAAUGCCGCGGUUUUUCUCAGCACUAUUAUUCCAUAUACCGAUCCUCAUCAUUUGGCUAUUAGACGAAUUAUUUAUUAUUUAAGUGCCGAUGAUUUGCGACGUUUAGCUAGAUAA